GUGACUAUAAUAAUUCAUGCAGCCGCGAGUGUGAGAUUCAAUAAUAGUUUAAAGUAUGCCAUAUUUGCCAAUACCAGAGCAACAAGAGACAUCUGUAUUUUAGCACAAAAUAUGAAGAAUUUAAUCGCAUUAGUAUACGUUAGUACAGCAUUUGCACACAUGAAUGAACCAUUUGUAGAUGAAAAAGUGUACCUGCCAAUAGCUGAUUGGCAAAAGAUAAUUGAAAUAGUUGAGACAUCGGAU